UUGUGCAAUCCAGAUCGCAUUAUCAAUUAAAGCUUGUUAUUGAAGUGCGCACUUUUAUUGCAUAACAUGCCAGUGCUCUAAGCGGGCCUUACCAACAAUUUAGGGAGUAGAAUGAUACUGGCACCAUUAUGUGCAGUUUCCCUUAUAGUUGUUUCCAUAACUUUAUGGAUUAAAUACAAAAAAACRUACACCCACUGGACAAAGUUGGGCUUGAAACAACGCACAACUCCCUGGCCUCUGCUWGGCGACUUUUGGCCUUUGUGCUUGGGCCGAAUGAAUUUAAUGGAACUGAUGGAUUACUUUUACUAUUUAAACCCAGAAAGCAGAUAUGAGGCAAUAUAUCACUUGUCAUACCCAGCCAUACUGUUGAAAGAUCCCGAUUUAAUAAAACAGCUCGCAGUUAAGGACUUCGACUAUUUUACUGAUCGUGUUAAUAUUGCGCCCUCAGAGGAAGCUGAUGGACUUUGGAGCAACAAUCUUGUAGCUCUCAAAGGGAAAAAAUGGCGCGAUAUGAAACUGCUGCUAUCUGGAGCAUUCACAAGCAGCAAAAUGCGAUUCUUGUAUCAGAUAAUAUCGGAAACCUCCGAAGACUUUGUCAAACACUUUCUGGAUAAGCCUGAAGCCCUGAUCGAGGUGGACCUAAAAGAGGCCUUCAGAAUGUUCUCCAGCGAUGUGAUUGCCACAUCGGCCUUUGGCGUUAAAGUUGAUUCAAUAGAAAAUCCUCAUAACGAAUUUUUCGAAAUGGGAAAAGCUGCCACCAACUUUCAAGGCUUCCUAACGGUCAUCAAAUUCUUCCUGCUAUUCCUGUUUCCCUGGCUGUUUCGUAAACUGAAGAUCGGAUUCUUUCCCCAAAAAGUCAUCACUUUCUUCACCAACUUGAUACAAGACACUGUAGCAACCAGAGAAGAACUAAACAUAGUGCGUCCGGAUGUGCUUCAGCUUCUACUCGAAGUGAAGAACGGGCCUCGAACUGAGUUAAACGUUGAAAAGGAUCGGCAGUUUAUUUCAAGUCGGCUUCGCAUGAAGGAGCAUUCAAUCACAAACCAAGACAUUGUUUCGCAUGCUUUUGCCUUUCUGCUGGCUGGAUACGAAACUGUUUCAUCCACCCUUAGUUUCACCUGCCAUGAACUGGCUGUUAAUGCUCAUGUUCAAGACAAAUUGCGAAAAGAAAUCAACGAAACCUUGGACAAAUGCGAUGGUAGCAUUACAUACGAAGCGUUGCUUGGCAUGAAGUACUUGGGCAUGGUGCUGUCGGAAUCUCUGCGAAAAUGGCCAGUUAUCCCCGUGCUGGACAGAGUAUGUGUUCAGCAAUAUACCAUCCCAGCAACCCGCAAGGAGCCUGCAGUUUCCCUCAAUGCAGGUGAUCGAAUUUUGAUAUCCAGCCGCAGCAUUCAUCAUGAUGUCCAGUACUAUGCGGAACCGAACAAAUUCGAUCCCGAUCGGUUUGAGGAAAACGUUAUCAAUCCUUUCACCUACAUGCCUUUCGGGGUCGGCCCUAGAUCUUGCAUUGGAAACAGGUUUGCUUUUCUGGAGAUCAAGUUAGUUUUAUGCGAUUUAUUGAGGAACUUUGAAAUUGUUCCUGUGGAGAAAACUCAAAUUCCUUUAAAGUUCGCUAAGCGAUCGAUGGCCGUCGACGUUGAAAAGGGAUUCAUUGUUGGCCUUAAGCGAGUCAAAAACUGAUGAAGUUGGUAACUGAAAUUGAAAAACAGUAAAACUAGCGCUCUGCCGCCGCAAAGCAGCGCAGAUUUGGCCCUUAAAACUACUUUGCGCCAGAAAGAAUGCGAUGGCUUUUGUUCAACUCCCAAUAAUUCCAAUAAUAAAGUUCAUUAUAUUCCA